AUAUCUUCCGUCCCGCUCGCACAAAUAACAUGGAGGAUCGCUGUAGAAACUGACUUGAGCGUAUUUGCCUUUGUUUACGUGUUGAAUUAAUGAAAGCAGAAAACUGUGGAUAUAACAAGUGCAAAAAGAAACAUCCUUCUUUGGGUUAUGAGAUUUCUACAAAGACAUUCUUACAGAGUUACUGCGGAAGACUAAAAUUUGUGAAAUGAAUAACGGAGACAUCGGGGGGUCCAGAGGAAGAGGCCGCGGUUGGCAGCAGCCAGAAAACCAGCCGCGGGAGCUUCGGCGCCCGAAGAACGUCGUCGAGGAUGCUAAAGUGGAGGCACCCAAGUCGAACCUGUCCGCGGAGGCGAAGGAAUGGUACCCACCGAACUACACCCCGCAGACAUAUGCUGCCGACCCAGCCCCCUAUCGACCCCAGAGGUUCUCCGUGCAGGACCGCCUGCGGCAGGCGCAGGAUCAGAACCCGUACAACUUUGACAACAUGAACUACUCGCUUGAGGAGGCUGAGAACAUGGACUUGAGGGAGAACAUCGGCAACCUGAUAACCGUGAUGUGCGAGAUAACCUUCGACCCGGGCAAGUUCGACACCCUGUGCGGACCGUUGGUUGACUCGUUCGCCUCCAUGCUGCACGAGCGCAGUUAUACGAGGGCGCUCAUCGACGCCAUCGUCAACCAGUCGAUCGGGGAGCCCAACUUCCGCUACAACGGCGCCCGUCUCUGCUCCAUGUACGACUCCCUCGCCCCGCCGGAGGAGUCCACCUUCCGGGCCUGUCUGCUCGAGCGCUGCUCCGCCGACGAGAACAAGAUCAUCACCGGCCUCGAGGGCUCCGAGGAGAACGUGCGCGGCUUCGCCAUGUUCCUGGCCGAGAUCUACACCCAGCUAGAGGACAGCCAGGGCGGACGGAUCCGGUCGCUCGGCGAGAGCCUGUGCAAGGUGCUCUUGCACCUCCUCGACACCGACAACGAGCCCAACAUCAAGUCCGUGUGCCAGCUGCUCAAGCUUUCGGGUAUAGCCCUGGACGCGGACUGUCCGGGCGGCAUGCACGCCAUGUUCGAGCGGCUCAAGCGCCGGGCCUCUCUGCCCGCCGUGCGCGCUGUACUGGCGCUCCGCCAGGGCCGCUGGGGGCUCACCGAGCCCAAUAGAGGUCGUUUAGGUACAGUGACGAACGGCGACGGUCCCGGCGCGGGCGACGGCGGGGGAGGGCCGGCGGUGGGGGGAGGGUUCCUGGCGGAUGGGCACUCGCUCACGGCCGAGGAGUGCGCCUUCCUGCAGAGCAACCUGCCGCCCAAGUCCGCCGCGCUCGAGGAGGACAUACUUGAGGAACUGGAGAACGACGCCUGGGACACCGGCAUGGACGCCGAGAUGCAGGCCGGCUUCCUCGAGUUCCUCAAGAUGUCCAACCAGAUCAACCGAUAACCGAGGUCCGGUGGGCGAACUAAAAAAAAUAUAAAACACAAAACUACUUAUAAAAAGAUUUAUCCCUAGAGCGACCAAGUUUGUAAUCACUCUAGAAGUUGGGAAGGAUUCUUCAAUGUUUUGCCUUACAUUGCGAGGAUAUGUUUAGACCUUAGACUACCUUAGAGCAUUUAGUAACUGGAGACGUCAUGGCUGUCAUUUUCUGUAUGAAACACUCUGCCAAUUUUUGCGGGGGAGGGGACGUCAAAUGUAUUGAUGACAAAUAGCCAUGUCAGUCCAUACAAAAAUUUGCACAAUUGUGCAAGUUUUUCGGCAGAGGGUUAAGCUCUUAAAGGCGACUCCAGUUAUUAAAUGCUCUAAGGUAAAGUCCGUGGGCGACAGUAAUUGCUUACCAUCAGGCGAUUUGUAUGCUCGUUUGCCUCCUAUAUCAUAAAAAAAUUGGGUGUUUCAUACAUUUAGGCUUAAUGAUGUGGAUGUUAUGAAUUAUGAACCGAACCAGACAUUUUUUUUGCAUUUUCGGCCCCACAGUAAAAAUUGUUUAGUUUGACAUACAUAUUUACGUCGUAAAAUAAGGCAAACUGUGGACGUAUCCUGUAUAGACUAUUAAUCUCGCCUGUGUCAUCACUGCAGCUUAGUUACUCAACGAAUCGAAACUCGAAACUGAUUAUACAAAUCAGAUCGAUAAAGCCAGAAACAUCGUAGUCCAAUCCAUCUUUGGACCGACUCGGCAAACGAUAAUGUGAAGGUGCCACCAUAAACGUGAAAUCCUAGGAAAAUAUUGAAUAGAUGUUAUGUUUAUAGUAGCAUUUACAUACUGUCAGUGCAGUGUUAAAGUAAGAACGCUAAGCACGAAAAUUUACGUACAUUGACCCCGCCUGUUCCUAUCUAACGCGUGUAAUUAUUUUGCUUUCCCGCCCAUGAUGCCGGCGGUCAAUGCCACUUUGUGAGCCGGACAGCAAUAAAUUUAUGCGCGUGCGAUAGAGAUAGGAACAGGCGGGUCAAUGUACCAAAUUAUUCGUGCUUAGCGUCCUUACUUUAGCUUAGAAGGACUACUUGGAGGGCCCUACGUACCCUCUAGCUUAGUGUUUUAUGCGCCAUCUAUAUCUUUAAGAUUAACACUUGAGGAACUUGAAAGAAGUUUUAUUCCCGCGCCGCUAGAUGGCGCCUUUUAGAGUGGUUAGACAAUUGGACAUUAUUUAAGAGCUUUUUAAUUUUAAACAUCGUGCUUUUUUUCUUGAAUAGCAUAAUAGGAUUGUCGAUACAGUACACACGUUAUACAUGUUGACGGACUUACUGUGGGAUUUACGUGUAAAUAUAAGUAUCUAUUGAAUAUUGAGAAAUUGAUAAUGACAUAAAAUAUCUUUAAUCCACCCGGCGUUUGGUUUUUUCCAAAGAAUUGAUUGUACGAGAUGUGUGAAGUCUUUAGAUAAAUAUUCCGACUUUGACAAUAGAUGGCGCUGUACGGCUGUAACUCUGGCUGUCAAAAGUUGACGUUUGACAAUUCAGUUACCACUGAACAUGGUGGUAAAGCCAUCUGCCGUCGCGGGCACGGUUAUUCUUAAUCUCUACAAUCAAUAACUUUGGUUUUGUCUAUAUUUAUACGUAAACAUGUGGAAUAUUGGCGAUUAUUAUGAAUUCCUUGGAUUAAAUGUAAACAAGUUAUUAUGAAUAUAUUUGUUCUAGAAUAACACUGCGGCACACGCUACGUACGUAUGCGACUUUUAUUUUAACCUUUUCACAUUCUCCAUAUCUAUAUAUAAAUGCCAGGUAUACCCCUACUUGAGGCCAAAACCAUUGGGAUAGAUAACAAGAUCAUCUAUACAAUAUUUUUGUUACUUAAACCACAGCGAUGUCUAUGAUUUACUUUGAAAUGACAGAUGUAGUGCGUAAUUGUUUUCCAUCGUACUUUCUCGGAAACGUUCGUAUUUGUCACGUUACUUCAGUCAACCUCAGUACUAUUUGUACCGAGACUGAUUGAAAUAGCAAGACACGUUCGUACGUUUCCGUGGAAAUACGACGGAAAAGAAUUAUGCACUACAUCUGUAAGCAUGAAAGUUAUUUUAACUCCUGAGACUAAAUGUACAUUACAAUGUACAUAAUCGUGCAAUCUAAUUUGAACCAAAUAAAGUAGCAUUCUUUUGUUUCAUUGCUUUUUAAAACAAACGAAAUCCGUAUAACACUUUAAACUCUCGCGUUUUGUACACAUAUUUAAUUACACAAACGGCCUUUCCGUGACCAUGCACAGCUGAUGCUGCCACUCAGCUGAAACGUCGGAAUUAAAUGUAAAAACAAUGAAAUUAUAUCACGGUAGACCCGUUUGUGUAAUUAAAUAAACGAAAUCCGUUCCAAUUUCCUUAUAGAAUAAGGUUCAAAUUAAAAAUAUGAAAACUUUAUGCUGGGUCUUACGUUAAAGCCUUUAAAUUUCGUAACUGAUGUCGUGCGCCGCAGUGGGCACAUUCAUCAGCCUUACAUUUGAUCUUGUUUACAUUUCGUCACAUUAAGUUAGUGAUCUCAUCCAUUUAUCCUGCCUCGCUCGACGUUUGCCUCGCCCGUCUAUAGCGAUACAGAGGGGCCGAGGCAAACGCCAGACGUUUGAAAUUGCCGUGAAUCGCUGAAUAAUUAACUUUUUCGUUGGUACAGUCGCGAGUCGUCUACACUUCUAACUGGCCAAUUGUAAACCUUAUAUUGCAUUUAAAUCCCGUUAUCAAUGUAGCAAUGCAUGGAAAAUCAGGAUUGGCAAAAGUACCCUACCUUCACCGUUGAUGCCCAACUUCGCCCAUGUAAAAUAUUAAAAUAAUAAUUUAUGCAAGAAAUAAAUAUUCAAAUCAAUUCACGAUAAAAAGAGCUGUGGAAAUAUAAAGUAAAAAAAUAAAAAUUCUGAAAUAAGCUACUUUCUCCACCCGUCCCCAACUUCGCCUCAUCAUGUUUUCAUAAUGAAAAUUAUGCUAAAACUUUUUUAAAUCCUAAAUCUUGAAUACGCCCAUGUAUACAAAUAUACAAUUUAAAGUGAAAUUAUGAUUGAAUGCUAGUUAAGGCGAAGUUGUCUACUUAAAGCGAAUCUAAGGUAUUUUUGCCAAUCCUUAUUUUCAAUGCAACAUUGAUACCGGGGUUUGAUUGUAUUGUAGCACGGGCAGGUUUCCGUAACUCUACGACUGGCGCCUAUUUUGAGCGAUUGUAAACUUUAUUGCGAGGUCACAAGGUACACAGCUGGUCAGUUAAGAGUAUUGCUGUUAUACUUACGUCAAACUCUCGUUGCACGCGCAUACGUAGUGUGCUCUCUGUCACACCUACCUGCGGCGGGCGGCGUCCUGUCACAUUUUUAAUUGCUUCGCGUGCAGCGAGUAUUUAACGCAACUAUAGUACAUAUUACAUUCAAAGGCUGAUUGCCCGUGUUUUAACCAUAGACAGAUAGCUGUAUAUUUGUAGGUGGUUUUGAAGCGCGCGAACUAGAUGAUGCAAACGCCGUUGUUUUUUUUAUUCGAUAAAUGAAUAAAAAAUUAGCUCUGGGUUGUCAAACGACAACGGCCCUUGACAGCCUAGCUACCGCAUAUUGUGUGGGGCAGUAUAGCGCCAUCUACUUGAGCUGUCAAUAUCUUAUUCAACUACUUUACAAGUUUUAGUAACUUUGUCUAAGUUUUUUAUUGGUAACUGGAUUAUCCGAUGUAAAAGCAGAAUGUACGGUGCCUUGCAGCGCCAUCUAGUUAGCUUCAAAACCAUUUCCAUGAUUUUUAUAGUUUCUCUCUGUGUCUUAAUCAUCUGUCUAUGUUUUAACUGAUUGUUUAUAAAUUAUUAUGUACUUUUUUUUCUAUAAUUCAAUGCAUUAUUUUAUUGAUUGUAUGUCGCCGAAUGAACAAUUGUUUCGAAUAGAAUGUUGGGGUUUGGGUUGUGUGAGCCUUUAGCGCAAUUAUCGUAUUUUCUAAUGAAAUUAUAUAGUCUUGUUCAUUAAUAUGUGUGCAUAAAGGUUUUACAAUAUUUACGACUGAUGCAUUGAGAAUGGAAUAUUCAAAUAUUCGUGACCACCUUAUGUCUGCUAAAUAUCUGUCAUAUGAGUUUGUCUCUUUCUUUCCUUUAGAGAGUGUGAGGGAGAUGAUACCGUUUGUGCCCCAAACAAAUAUUUCAAACCAAUAAUGCACACGUAUUUAUAAAUUCGACUGUAUUUGCCUUGUCUCUAUGCAAAAUGUUAAAAAAUUUACGAAAUUUGUGACGUGAGUCUAGGGCCGCCAUACUUGUUUUUUUUUAUAACUUGAUAUUUGAGUGCUGUGUCAGCUGUGUGAUCGUCUGAGCAAAUAGACUUGAUAUCUUUGACAUGCUUCCGCCAUAAGUGCUGCUAAAGUGACCACAUACCAUAGAUAACAGAAUAGGUCAUUUUUAGGAAUCUUUUCCUGUAAAAAAAAUGUUUUAAAUAAGUGCAAAAAAUACAUUUAUAUACAUAUUGUGUAUAUUGAGACAUGUAAUACGAUAAUAGUGCGUCACGCUCGCAAAGGCACGAGUAUAAAGUGCGACACGCACACGCAUUCACUGCCAUCACGACCUACGCGUGUAGCCGAUACGUAUUAUUUCCGCUUUGUAGCGAAGAGCGCUACCGAACAGCACCCGCCAAGCGCCUCACCGGCAGUGAAUGUGUUAAUACAAAUACUUAAAGUGGUGACAUAGCUUAAAAAGCUCUAUUCUGUUAUCUAUAGCCAUAUACCCACUGAGCUGUUAGAUUGCAAUAAUAUUGAACUCCAGUUUUUGAAUAUUUAUUCAGUGCGGGAUUUAUUUACUUGCAAUUAGGAGAAUGUUUAUAAUAUUCCAUUGUAUUUUUGUUGCAGUGAUAUUAUGAAUGUUAUAAGAAUAAAUGGAUAUUUUAAUAAAAGUCAUUUCAAUAAAACAA